AAGUAGUAAGUGAAGGAAUAUAUAAUUGAACAAAAACAGUACUUCCACGUAACUUAUUUAUUAUAUUUUCACAUAUCAUUGUUUAUUCCAUUUGAUAGUACUUCUAAUUUUACAGACUUAUGAUAUGACCACUUGUAAAGAUUUUUUGAAAAUGGCUUUUUCUUGUAAUCGAUACAGAUUAAUUGUUGUAAUAUUGCUGUCGUUAAUAAUGUGGCAGCUGUUUAGUAUGUUUCCGGGGAAUUCUGGGCGAGAUGAGAAACUGUCUCAGCCUGGAAUAGUGGAACUAGAGGAUGACAAGUUUAAUAUACAUAAACAGGACAAGGUGAAAGUGCGGGUGUACUAUGAGGCCCUGUGCCCAGACUCCAGGCAUUUCUUCAUGAAACACCUCUGGCCCGUCACAGAAAAACUUUCAGAGUUCCUAGAUAUAGCUCUGAUCCCUUAUGGAAAAGCAACUACCAAAGAGAAAGAUGGAAAGUAUUAUUUCGACUGUCAACAUGGUGAGACUGAGUGUUUGGCGAAUAAGAUCCACGCUUGUUCUAUUGAGGCUAUAGGAAACGUGACAACAGCAGUGAAGUUUACAGAAUGUAUGAUCCUGGAUAAUAGCGACCCAGAUGAAGCUCUCUCAAGAUGUGCAAAAGAGAUGAACGUAGACCCCGAUCCUAUCAGCACCUGUUCAUCUAGUGACCAUGGAUCGAAUCUACUAAAGAAGUACGGAGACGACACCCAGAUCAUUAACCCAUACUUCAUUCCUACUAUAACUCUCAACGGGUCGAUACCAAAAAAAACUUUGCCUGCGAUUCUCAAGAAUUUCCUUCUUGAGGUGUGCAAGCGGAUUGCCAUGCCGCUGCCGCCCCCGUGCUUGUGACAAAUCCGACGAAGACGAGUGAGGCAUCAGAUGCUAAAGUUAAAAACAUAAAUGUGAAGUAUUUUGAUCAUGGACAGUGUGACGUUUUCAGGAGAUCGUCAAUAUUAAAGAUGUUGUUAAGCAAACAGCAUCUUUACCUAAAGGCAUCUCAAUUUUGACAACGGUAAACUCCCCAAUGGUUAGCAUUGAAAAGUACUUGCCAUUAGCAACUAUUUUUAUAGCAACUGCCGCCUUAAAAUAAGGUUGAAGGUGCCAACCUUUGUUGGAUGCUGACUGGUAGUUUAUACUACCUUACUGCUGCCUAUUGACUAAGUGGUAUGUUUUGCGUUACAAUGAUACAUUCUAAGGCUCAAGUAGACUACUUAUACCUACAAGUAUUUAUUCCGAAGAAAUUAAUUUCUCAAAAGAAUUCAGCAUUUAUUUUAUCACUUAUACAAUUUUGUUUAUUUUCUUAUACAGCUUGAAAUACAUUUAACGCGUUUAACAUUGAACAUGUAAUUUGUGUACUUAUGAGCACUAUUGUGUUUGUUUAUAACUCAAAUGUAACAAAUGGUUUUAUAAUUUGUUUUGCUUUGAUUGUUUCUCAAAACUUAUUCCGUUAUGAAAUUGCUACGAAAUAUAUUUACUGGGAAAUAACAAAUGAACGUUUUGUAUAUUGGUGCUUUUAUAGAGUUAACUAUUAAUACCUAUAUACAUUAAUUCAAACGUACACGAGUAAUUAUCAAAGACCUUCGAUCUUCAUAGGUUUAUAAGUUUCUCCGUAACAAAGGAUCCUCCUCCCAUAUAUUUUUAUAAGUACUACUUACCUACCGCAAGACCUUUGCUUAUGUUGCAAAAACAGAAUUUAGCGUAAUGGAUAUUGUAAGUCUUUAUUACUCGUCUGUUAUUAAAAUGAAUCAAAUGAUAAGUAAAUAGGUACACACUUUUACAAUGCAAUCAGAAAAAUGUUUAUAACACGCACAAAUCAGACCUAUUUUUACACUUACGUUUUUUAACUAUGUAAUAAGCUAAUUAAGGCUAUUUAAGUAUUAAGUACCUAUCCAACUUGAAGACUAAAUUAAUAAAUUGUACCUAAUUAUUGUUUUAAGUUUUCCUAUACAGUAUGUAAGCUUACUAUAGGCAAACAUGAAACUUGUCGAUGUCUAAUUACAUUAGAAAUAAAAAGUAUGGACACUUAUCUUAAAACGUAGUUUGUCUUCCUAAUUACAAAAAAAACAUAAUCGCAAAACAGAAGCAUGUCAUGUCUCAUGUCAUAUCAUACCGGCUCUACCAGUUUUAUGCCUUGCGUUUCGUAAACUUACAUACUAUAACGUAGUCCUGUAAAAAGCGACCAACUUUUUAUUUUUGUCAAAGUAACUUACACCUUAACUCAUUGAAUUCACCGAGUGGUCGCUUUCUGCAUUGAUAAAAAAUGAAGUUGGUCGUUUUCUGCAUAACUACGGUCUGUUAACUUUUGUAAGUAUAUUAUUUUUAUUAACUACUUAGAUAGUAAUAAUGUAUUACUAUGUCUUAACGUGUUUUAAUCUUUUAGUGUUUUGUAGAGGCUUUUUAUGUAUUUAUUUAUUACUUACGAAUUACGAAGGGCAGCAUUUAAAAUGAAAUAUUCUACGUUUAGUUUAUUACUGUGUAACUUCUAUAAUAAUAUUGUCUUCGGUUACCACGAUAGUUACUCAUGAAAUAAAACUAGUAAAACGGAUUAUAUCGCGUAAAUUUAAUUUGUGAAUUUAUAACCAUUAUAAGGUGACACCCGCUGACCACGAACGCCGUAAAGGGUUCGAAACGUCGGUAUGUAUUAUAAAUUCAAUAUACGCGAUAUACUCCGUUUUAAUGAUUCUACUUAACUUCUAUAAUAGUAGGAAAAGUUAGCGAUGUUACAAAGGGCUAUCCUUACCAAUAUUGUUAAUGCGAAAGUCACUGUAUGUCUGAAUGUCUGUUCGUUACUUCUUUACUGUUUUGGUAUUUUGGUAAUGAAAUUUGGUAUGGAGAUAGUUUUUGAGUUCCAGGGAAUCAUCAUCAUCCACGCAGACGAAGUUGCGGGCAGUAACUAGUUCUACAUAUUUUAGUACAACUAGUUAAGCUAUUUUUUGCAGUGUGGACUGUAAUGUAUACGAGUACUUAUAUUUAUAUUUUGCUCAAGUUGCUCUAGCCAAAAAUAUCUUUGACUAACCAACUCAGUGGCAACUUCCUAUGAUAAGCAAUGUUUCUCGGUGGAAAAUCCAUAGAUUAAUUUUAUUGAAAAGUCAAUUUUCUCGACUCAUAAUGUAAUUUUUAUACAACGCAUGAAAUCAAUGAGUUAGCAUUGAAAACAAAAAAGAAAGCCCAAGUCACGUAUAAAAUAACUGCUUUCGACAAGUCUUUCUCGCUCUUGUGUUAGCCUGAGAGAGUUUACCGAGAAACACUUCGUUCGUCUCUUUUAAAACAUUCAAGAAUGAUAGAGUGGCAGAUUAGGAAAAUUCGAUUUUAGAUUUUCGCGGUAGGCCCGCAGGGACCUCGCUAUUUUGAACGCGGCGCGAAAUCUUAGCAGCGGCCCUCUCCAAAUUUACCCUAUCUAGUGAGAGUGAGACUAUAUUCCUAUAGUUCGUUCGCGUUAAGAAUGCAGUAAGAUCAUCAUUGUCCGCCGGCAUAGCGAUGCUCGUAACCAAUCAAAUCGUUCCUUAUUAGAAAAUAUGCUUUAACUGGUCACUGUAAACAUGACUUUCUAAUUAGAAACGAUUUUAUUGGUUACGGGCGUGGCUAGGCUGCGGACAAUAAGGAUUUUACUGCAAUCUUAACGCAAACGAACUUUAAAUAUCUCCCAAAUCAAAGUGGUAAGGUAACAACUGGGUACUUUGGUGACAAAGUCAGUCCAAGAUGACUCUGCUGUAACGACACUAGCGACAGAGUGUGGUAGUGCCGCUAUAAACCUUAAACUUCUAUGAAAAUGGCGGUAACAUUACAUUUUUUGCUACAAAUUCUGUGCAGAGUUAGAUUAGACAGAAUAUAGCACUAGUACCUAACAAUCUAAAACCUGCUUGUAUUGUAGGCUUAUUUUAUUGUACCGUACAGCGGCCAGAUGGCCUAAAACACAAUUCAAUGUGACUGUACAGUAUACUACCGACAGGUGGUAUCGUUGUGUUCGGUAGAGUCUACUGAGUACGAAAUAAGAACUUGUCACUUUCUAAGUGUGGGGGCGAUAACUGUGACGUCACAAAAUCGGCAGUACAAAGUUUUUAAUUUUUUUCUUUUAAACCUACCAUGUGGGGUACCAAAUGAAAGGGCAUUGAGAGUAGAUUACAAAUAUAUUUUAUUUUAUUUUUUUAUUUUAUUAAUUCAAAAAAUUUACACAGCAUUGCAGCGAACUAAUACACUGAGAAAUUUAUAAUAUAGAAAGUAUUUAUACAAACUAGGUACAUGAUACAGUCUAGAAAGGACAACAGAACAAAUGUAAGAAAGAAAAACUAAUACAAAACAGAUGAUUCACGCUUAUCCAUCGCCUCACAGUACUUCAUACAUUCUUUACACAGAUCCAUCCAACUACUUGCAAUUACAUCACAUUCCACACACACAUUCCCACAAUUGUGAAAUUUUUGAGCGUUUUCUAAUAAUUUGUUAGACCAAGUAGUGAAAGUGUUAGACUAUGUUAUAUAUUUGUAAUCUACUCACAAUGCCCUUUCAUUUGGUACCCCACAUGGUAUGUUUAAAAGAAAAAAGUUAAAAACUUUGCACUGUCGAUUUUGUGACGUCACAGUUAUCCCCCCCACACUCUUAGAAAGUGACAAGUUGUUAUUUCGUACUCAGUAGACUACCGAACACAACGAUACCAGUUGUCGGUUGUAUACUGUACAGUCACAUCGAAUGGUGUUUUAGGCCAUCUGGCCGCUGUACUAUAUAGCCUACAAUCUGUUGUAUUAGAUUAAGUAUUCUAUUGUUAUAAUUUUAGUUUGCAAUAUUAAAUUUACUUUUAGCUGAUAACUUAUAAAUUAUGGUUGUGUUGUAUCCAAGUCGUCGUUAAUAGUGGUUGUAUCAUUACGAUUAUUUAAAUUUGGAACAAAAUUGUUAUUAGUGAGAUUAAUUAAAAAGCUUGCCCAUUAAUUUCUAUAAUUUAUAAUCAUUCAUGUAUCAUGUUGGCUUGUAAUCAUUAACAAUGUGGAAAAGGUAUACCUGCCUGGGCCAAAGUGCCAAAGUCAUCAGUCUUACGAAGCGGCAGUGAUUUCAUAGGUUUUCUCUCGUGCCGCCCCCAUCGUGAUAUUUAUUUCGUUUUUAUAAGUGCUUCAAUAGGCCAGGAAAUAAAUGCCCAAAAAAAGGUAUAGAGGGAAAUGCAAGGAACACAAUUUUUAACUUCGUAGCUUUGUUUGGACUAGUUAGGAGAUGAACAUAUCAAAAGUCCCCGGCCA